CGUUUUUCAAACAUGAAGGAGCAAAUUAUUUAUCUGGUUCAAUGGAGUAAGAGAUGGAAGGUUACGGUAUUGAGUUCUGUAGAGACAGUGCGGACUUCUAACGGGAAAUGAAAAGUUCUGCUAGGAUUCUUUUAUCAGUGCUAAUGUGCUUUUAUUUUUCGAUUACGACUUCAAAAUUAGUUGUUUCCAGUUGUUUCACCCUAGCAAUCUGCGGAUUCAUGGCUACUCCAAUGCUGCUGCUUUGAUACUUUUCGCAUUGCAUGACGCUCUUUUUUCGUGUUUCAGAUAGAAAUUCACUCGAAAAUAGUUCUCCGCCACUACAGCGAUGUUUCUGAAUAUACCGUUGCUUGGGGAUAUCGUCAAAGGCAAAGGAAGAGGAGCUCGUAGUAAGCAACCGCUUGAAGAUCAUGUUGAUCGCAUGCAUUACUAUGUAACAGUGUACAUACUCUGCAUUUUCGCUCUUCUUGUUGGCUCCAAACAACACUUUGGCAGUCCUAUCGAUUGCUUCAUUUCGGCUGAAGUUGAUAAAGUGCGAAGCUGGCAAGCGUACAUCCUUGAUUAUUGCUUUAUGCAAGGAACUUUCCGUUAUGAAAUUGGUCAUAAUGCAACCAGCCGUUCUGGUUACUCGAUGACACCCGGUUUGAACGGAAGAGAUCCUCAUGAUACAAAAUAUAUUGGCGUGAAGUACUAUCAGUGGGUACCAUUUUUCUUUGCAUUCCAACUCCUUUGCUUCAUGUUGCCAGAUUUCUUCUGGGUCUACAUCCAGUCUUAUCUAUACAUUGACAUGGCUAUGAUUGUAACGGAAAGUGCAGAACUGCAGGGUGAGAAACGUGCAAGCAACCGUGCAUCAAAACUGAGCAACAUCUCGGAUUAUAUUUUCAGUUAUUUUUAUUACAGAAAGAUUGCAAGGCGUGGUUUGAUCUCCUCAGUUUUUCGUUCACCCGCAAUAGCGACGGUUUUCUAUGGUUGCACAAAGUUUCUCUACCUUUUGAACGCUAUUAUCCAACUCUACCUCACGACUUACUUUCUUGGAUUUCCUGAUAUGCAUUGGGGCGUAAGAAUGAUGAUUGCUUUUUUGUCGAAAAAGUCUUUUCCUCGAAUGGUAGGUGGUGUACGCAUACCCAAUCACGGUGGAUUAUCGCAUUUCCCUUAUUUCCCACUCGAAGUUGGCUGCAAUUAUACAAAGAUAAGUAACAACAACAACAUUCAUAUUAGCUCUAUUCAAUGCAUGAUUCCUCUCAAUUACAUAAAUGAGAAACUGUUCUUGUUUCUAUGGUUUUGGAUCGUGAUCCUGAUUAUGAUCACCAUAGUCAACAUCGUGUUGUUCUUCGGAUCUAUCAUGAAUAAAGGACAGAGAGAAGACGCUAUUCUUUCACUCCUCAGGGAAAAAGAGGAUGAGCUCCUCAUGAACGACAAAUUCAACCUUGCGCAGAAAUUCGUCCAUGGGUUCAUGGGAGUCGACGGUGUGCUUCUGACGCGUUUUAUAAAGACUAAAGCUGGUUCCAUGGCUUGUCGCGACGUUGUUCAACGCGUCUGGCAGAAAUAUGCAAGAGAACGCGGUGCUGCAAAGACGGCUGACAGUGACGACGAAUGGAGUGUUCCUUACAGCGAGACGUGCUAUUCGGGGCUCCCUUUGGUCAAAUACCAUGACAGUUCGCGCAAGAACUCUCGCCGCGUGUGAAAUCAUGCGAUGUCGGCAAGAGAUUACUUAUGUACAAGAUGAGAGGAAUGUAUAUAAAAGUUUGUAUAAUAUUUAUGUUCUUCACUAUCAAAGAUUUUGCCUAUAUCACUUAUGAGUUGUUUUGUUUAGUUUGACGUUUCUUUAUACAU